GGCAGAGCAGACCCCGCCCAUUUAUGCUAAUUACAACCUCCCCUCCCCCUCGGCGUGUCAGGGGAGCAGGCCGGCUCUGAUUGGCCAGGUCGAAGCCAUUUAUUCGCUGACAGCCCCGUCCACAUGAAUGGUUGUCUAUUAACUUGCUCAAAAACUAUCUGGAGUUGUCAAGGCUCAGGCGGACAGAGGCGAAAAGUACAGUUUGUUGAUGCUUUUUCGGAGAAGCGACAGGAGAAGUUUUGUGGACACAAAAUAGCGAGCGACCUAUUGGGAGAAGGCUCUUUGUCACACACACGCUCUGACACACACUCACGGAGCGGGAGAGAGAGAGAGAGAAAGAGAGAGAGAGAGUGUGUGAAGACGCGGCUCGCUGCUUGUUGUUUUUCGUCCAGAGAAAAAGUUGCAGAGAAAACAUCGACAGGUAACUUUUUGUGCGCGCUCCUCACUGGCUCGUGGAGUUUGUCUCGUUGGUUUUUCUUUCUUUUUCCGCCACCCCCGUGCUCGCGGGAGCUCCAACUAAAAGCUGUUCCUGAUGUAUAACAUGAUGGAGACUGAACUGAAGCCCCCGGCUCCCCAGACCAACACGGGGGGCUCGGGCAACACCAACACGUCCGGCACCGGCACCAACCAGAAAAACAGUCCGGAGCGGGUCAAGAGACCCAUGAACGCGUUCAUGGUGUGGUCCCGGGGCCAGAGGAGGAAGAUGGCGCAAGAAAAUCCCAAAAUGCACAACUCGGAGAUAAGCAAGAGGCUGGGCGCGGAGUGGAAACUUCUGUCGGAGAGCGAGAAGAGACCGUUCAUCGACGAAGCCAAGAGGCUGCGGGCCCUGCACAUGAAGGAGCAUCCGGAUUACAAAUACCGGCCCAGGAGGAAAACCAAGACCCUCAUGAAGAAGGACAAGUACACCUUGCCCGGUGGGCUGCUGUCGGCGGGAGGAAACGGGAUGGGAGCUGGCGUCGGUGUCGGGGUGGGGGGCGGGCUGGGCGGCGGGGUGAACCAGCGGAUGGACAGCUACGCGGCGCACAUGAACGGCUGGACCAACGGGGGUUACGGCAUGAUGCAGGACCAGCUGAGCUACCAGCACCCGGGGCUGAACGCGCACAACCAGAGCCAGAUGCAGUCCAUGCACCGCUACGACAUGAGCGCCCUGCAGUACAACACCAUGGCCAGCUCCCAGAGCUACAUGAACGGCUCCCCGACAUACUCCAUGUCCUAUUCCCAGCAAGGCACGCCGGGGAUGACCACCCUGGGCUCCAUGGGGCCCUCAUCGGUGGUGAAGUCCGAGUCCAGCAGCUCCAGCCCGCCCGUCGUCACCUCGUCUUCCCACCGGGCCGGCCCGGGCUGCCAAAGCGGAGAUCUGAGGGACAUGAUCAGCAUGUACCUGCCCGGGGCGGAGGUCAGCGAGCAGACCGCCCAGACCAGGCUACACAUGUCCGGCCACUACCAGAGCACCGUGCCCGGGACGACGAUCAACGGCACGCUGCCGUUAACACACAUGUAAGAGACACAAAGCAGAGAGAGAGAGAGAUAGAGAGACCUAGAAAGAGAGAGAGAGAGAGAGCGAGAAAGAGAGAGAGAGAGAGAGAGCGAGAGAGAGAGAGAGCGAGAGAGAGAGAGAAAUGAACUUUUAUAAAAUAAACUGUGGGCGAUUAACGUUGGACUAUUUUUGUACAGAAAAAUUUCGGGGUGGGAAGAGUUGUAUAGAAGUCUCCAGAAAAAAGACACACGACUCUUUUUUUCUGUCAUGUUAUUCUAAAGGGAGCUCUAGAGGAACGGUAGGAGAUCCCCCUCUUCACUGGUGGAUGAAGUUUGGAAGACUAGAAAGUGGGAGUCGCAAUCAAAUGUUAUUAUUGCAAUCACCUUUUGUACAGUAUUUAUCAAGGAAACAUUACAAUCAGAUGAAAUUGUUUGUUAAACUGCAAGAGGUUGCAUUUAUAUAUAUAUAUAUAUAUAUAUACAUAUAUAUAUGUGUAUAUGUAUAUUUAUAUAUAUGUAUAUGUAUAUAUAUAUGAAAGCAACACCAGUUCUGCAGAAAAUAUUAAAAAAAUUAAGAUGGCAGAACUGGAAUUAUAGAGGAGCGAUCAGUUAUGAUCCUUUAUAACUGCAAACAUUGGAAAGAAAAGGGACAUAAAAACGAUACAGGUAAUACUGUUUUUUCUUCUUCAUUUAAGGUCAAUAUUACUUAACAUUUUAAUUUUCUUUAAAAAAAACAAAAGACACUUUUUUUCUCUCCUACAGCUUAAAAUAUAGGUUGUUAAUUUAUAUUUCCGUCUCCCACUUUUCAUCUGUUAGAGGUAUGACGCUUGUGCUCUUUAUUUUCUAAUUGAUUUGUACAAUUUCUGUAUAUUUACUGUGAUAUUUUAAGUUUUUAUUUCAAAGAAAUUCAUUCCCGUAGUUGUAUUUUAAAAAGUGUGGCCUGUACACAGAAGCCAAUCACUCUAUGUAUAUAUCUACCGGAACUAAUACCAUCCUUAUAACAGUUACAAUUUCAGCUGAGUAUAUUUUUUUUCAUUAUGCAGUUUGAAAUGAAUACAUUUUGGAAAUUUGGAUACUUGAUAUUGUUUGAGUUUUGAUUUUGAUUUCUCUCUGUCAUUUUAUGUGUGCGGGUUAAAUUGUCAUCUGUCUUUCUUCUGAUGUAAUUAUUCCCUGUAAAUGUAACACUGACUUUUUACGUCUUUAUGAAUAUAAAUAUUUGACUUCAGCUAACAAAAAUAUCAGUUUUGGGUGGUGCAUUGCUUUCAAAACUCCACGGUUCAAAUGACUCCGCGUGUGCGUUGUGAUUUCUGUGCUCGUGCCUGCAGACAAGAAGCCGCCGUCUGUGGCCUGUUUCCUAAAAAGGGGGAAGACCUGUCCGACACAUAAUAACAUCCCCAGGUUUACACUGACGUUUCUCCUCUUUUAUUCUUCAUUAAAAGCAAAACAUAAUCAUCAAUACGCAGCUGCUCCUGAGGCACUGGCUACAUUUAAGAAUAUAUAUUUUAUUUUUAAAUUAAUUCAUGAUUGUAUUCUUAUAUUAUUUUGUGGACCUGUUUUUUUUAAUGGGACAUGGGACUGAGGGAGGAAUAAUUACAUAUCCAGGCGUAAAUCUGAUUUAUUUCCCUCAUUCAGUUAUUAAAGAUUUGUGUCAACUGACAGAAGGAU